ACUCUUUGAUGGAUAGAUCCGAGAUAGCCUUCUUCGACGUUGAGACAACAGUUCCAAAGCGAGGCGAGCGUUUCGCGAUUCUAGAGUUCGGGUCAAUCCUGGUAUGUCCAAAGAAGCUCACAGAGCUCCAGAGUUACACGACACUGGUCCAACCCGCGGACUUGAGUCUCAUAUCCACUUUAUCCGUUAGAUGUAACGGUAUUAGCCGCAACGACGUCGUUUUGGCGCCUCUGUUCUCUGACAUUGCUGAUACGGUCUACGACAUUCUCCACGGGAGGAUAUGGGCAGGGCACAACAUACUGAGGUUUGAUUGUGCUAGGAUCAGAGAAGCUUUUGCUGAGAUUGGUCGUCAGCCUCCUGAGCCUAAAGGCGCCAUCGACUCGUUGGCUUUGCUUACUCAGAGGUUUGGUAGAAGAGCUGGUGAUAUGAAGAUGGCAACUUUGGCUAGUUAUUUCGGACUUGGCAAGCAAACUCAUAGGAGCCUUGAUGAUGUUAGAAUGAAUCUUGAGGUUCUCAAAUAUUGUGCCACUGUCUUGUUCUUGGAGUCUAGUCUCCCAGAUGAACUUUUAGAUGAGUCAGUAUCUCCUUCAGAAACUACUAGCUUAAGGAGACAUCUCAGAGCAUCUUCUUCUGGCGUGGACAAUACUGUGAUAACCCCUUUUAGCCUACCUUCCAUUGGUGAGAACAGUGUAGCUCAGCCAGACCCGUUUAACAUGAGCUUCUUGAGGAAUGAAAUGGCUUCAGACAACAAUCUUCAGUUAGACACUCUCAUGGAAGAAGAAGAAGAAGAGAAUCAGCCAUCUGAUACUGUUGUUGUCUCCGCAAAUACAAGUGACCAUGAAGGAUUCUUGUCCCCUGAUGCGAUAUCUCUUUCAAACAUCAGAGCGGUUCUUGUCCCGUUUUAUCACGGAAGCCAACUAAUGAGACUAAAGCUCCUCCACGGCGACUCCUCCCCUCUGCAGCUCUACUGUUCUUGUCUGAAAAUAAGGUUUGGAAUCAGCGGGAAGUUUCUAGACAAUUCUGGGAGGAGGAGAUUAAACUUUGUUGUUGAUCUGAACUCAAGGCUGUGCAGUAUACUCGAAGCUUGUGACAGCAGUGCGCAGAAAGUGUCUGUUGAUUCAGGUUCCUCUUCUGACUGGAACACGGUGGUGAGUCCAGUGAAGGGGUUUGUAAACUGUCCUAACGCAAGGAUACAUAUACCGACGGAGAUAAGUGGAGAUGCAGCUCGGUAUGCAAUAGAGGUGCACCAGAGAGAGUCCGGUGGAGAUACUCAGAAGCUAAUCUUCAGCAACCCGAGCGCAGAGGAGCUUGAAUCAUUGCUGAAGCAGGGAAGUGUUGUGGAUGCGUUCCUGUCUCUGGAACCGUAUGAUUAUCAGCAGAAAGCUGGAGUCCGUCUCGUUGCAAAAAAGUUGGUUAUGCACUCGUAAAUCAGAAAAGUGGAGCUUAGUGGAUGUAGGAAUACACACACACACACACACUGUAUUCAUGUAGUUUGAGAUUCUGUACAUAAAAAAUUUAUGAAAUAAAAUACAACAAAAGCUUGAUGGA